CUAGUCGCAAGCCGCAUAAUUUUAUUAACAAAAAUCAAGUGUCUGUUGUUUUUACGAUCCCCGAUCCCUUCUGUGCGGUGUUCGUUUUAAUUAGCCUUGUGGCGUUCGGCCCCGCUAUAAAUUUCCAUUGGACACAGUCCAAAAUUUGUUGCCGAAGAAUCUGAUUUCAUCGAGAUAAAGGUUUUGUUGGUUCACACACGCAAGAUGGCUUCGUCGUCAAGCUGGUACCCGCAACAGCAGCAGCAGCAGGAGAAAACCCCACCGAAUUGUUCGCAAGCGGGCCAACGGUUCUGCCGGUUGUGUCUGUCCAAGGAGCAGCAACUGAAACCGCUGUUUCCACCGGACGGACUACCGGAUGAGGCUCUGUUGCGGCGAAUUUUAAACUGUUUGACUAUUUCGCUUUCCUUUGACGAAGACUAUGACUCGUUCAUUUGUCGGAUUUGCAUUCAGGAGGUCACCAAGUUCUUUUUCUACAAGGAGCAGUGUCUGACGAAUGAUUCGAUACUUCGCGGUCGCCGGAAACCGGAUAAAGUGGUUUUCUAUGGUGAUGGUGAUUUGGUUGAAACAGAAGCUGCCGAUGAUCAAAGUGAAUGUGAAGAGGAAUUUGACGGGGAUCCUAUUGACUCGGACGAGUUCGAUAUUCGAGAGGAUCAGAUUGAUAAUGGGUUUGAUGAGGGAAAUGAGGAUGAUGAUAGUAGGGAUGAUCAAGAUGACGAGCCAUUGAAUGAAAUGUUGAGCAGUACGUUGAAACCGCUGCCAAAACAACGGGCCCGAAGAGAUAACGUCCAGGACUACUAUCACGGGGGAUUUCGUUAUACCUGUGCUACUUCACGUGCGAAUGGAAAGGUUCAUUGGCGGUGCAUGUACAAGUCCAAACUUAAAUGUCGUGCAGCGAUUUUGGUGGCUUCCGAUGGGACCGUUACCAGGGGUCCUAAUCGGCACAAUCAUCACUCGGACAACAAACCGGCGCUUCCCCAACCGGCUACUGGGGCUAUUGUUGAUACGCAUACAGGCAGAAAGGUGACCUACCGAUUGAUCACCAGCGAUCGCAGUAGAAUAAACCACAUGCAGAUCAUCUGUGAUGGGUACAAGUUCCGGUACGCGAGAACUACGUUGAAACAAACCACCUACUGGCGAUGUAUGAAGCACAAUGGGAAAGAAAAUUGCAAGGCUGUGCUCUCGUUUAGAAUGGAUUUUAGUAGCUGUUCGUCAAAUGGCCAUCUGCAUAAUCAUCCGGCGCAGUACAGUAUGGACGAUGGAAGUCUAGAAGUUGAUCGUAUUCCACUGGAAGUCCCCCCGGUUGAGAUGCCGAUGACAAUUGAUGAAUUUCCAACCAAACCGCAGCUGAUGAUUUGUACCAAUGGCAAUGGGAAGAUGUCCAAAAGUAGUCAGAACCAGAAGGGUCGCUGGAACGUGAUGCUUCACAAUGGGUACGAGUUUGGGUUCCCUCGAGCCGACCGGAUGAAUAUGCGGUGGGCUUGCUACAAGAAAAGUUCGUUCAAUUGUCCGGCAAAUCUGUACACGAACCGGGGUGGUCGGGUCGUCAAGGAAAGUGAGUGGGCACACAAUCAUGCGCCUGGGGACGACUACGAAAAGAAUGCCAUCAUCGAAGGUUACAUGUUGGACGCAAAAACAAACGAGCAGAUUGCUUACAAACUGAUUCCGGGCAAGCGGGGUCAGCGGUUUGUCGUGCACAAUGGCUACCGGUACUCGUCGGACCGGUUGAUCAGCGACGGGCGAAUCGCGUGGAAGUGUACCAAGUGUAAGGUGUUUGUUGUCAUUGCUGGCCGCUUCGUGACAAUCGAGGAUCGCGGAGCGGAGCAUGAGCACGAUCAGGAUGAGAGUGAUUCAUUCUUGGGUUAUCAGGAGGAGAUCACACAGGAUGAUCUGUCGCAACCGGUGGCACUUGAUGUUAAGAAGGAACAACUUGGCAAGGAUGACGACGACGGAAACGGUGCCGACGAUGAGAAUGAGGAGAAUGAUUGCGACAAUGGAGAUGAGACUUUUGAAGCUGCCGAGGAAAUGUUUAUCAUUCCGUAAUCCGUGGUUGGGUAAAGUUGAAUACAGUAAAAGCUGCUAGCUGUAAGGUAAGUAAGUUAUUUUCACGUGAUAGUCAUUAGAAUCGUAAGAAGUGGGAACCCCGAAAACAUUUCGUCUUAUGUGCUUUUUAUCACCUUGACGGUUAAUGUAAAUAUAUGAAAUACGUUUAA